AUGAGGGCGAGAGUUUGUGGUGCCAAGCUCGUUAUCGGUCUCGCCGUUCACCACGAUUUGAACAUCGUACACAAGGCUUUUCUCGAACUCCAUGCCCACAGGUACUAUGACUACGUCAUUGUGCGGGUUGUGACCAACGGUGGCAUUUGUAUCGGUCUGACUUCGACGCUUGAAUUCCUUGACGAGGAGGACCGACAACUGAAUUCUACAACACCCGCAAAAAAGCGGCGGGACCCGUAA